CAAGGGGAAGCAUUCUCAGAAGAGGCAGGAGCUUUUCGAGGACAACAAACAGGGAACAGUAACUGUUUACAUUGCCCAUUCCUCCAGCAUGAGGCGGUGGGAAGGGCUUGCUCACUCCUUCUUAGCCCACAUCCCUGAGCUUUGUGUGAAUGUGAAGACCAGACGGAGCUAGACAAGCCCUCUUUCCUUUCAGUUUCCAAUUUCAGCUCUCCAUAUAGCGGUUUGGACUUCCUGGGGUCACACAUUCUCUUCAGGUGACCCAUCCAGCAGGACUCUGUUAAGAGAUUCCCGUAACUGAAUAAUAAACCCGUGGAUUAAGAACACAGAGACAGCAAUGAAUAUAAUUUGAAUACAGAUAUGUUGAAGAUCAACACAAGAAUAUUAGGUGUCUGAACAAAAUGAAGAGGAGAAUUGAGUCUCUAGAGAAUUUGGAUGAGAAAAAUCACUUGAAAAAUCUUAUAAUUAAGGAAAAAAUGGUUACCUGGAAAUAUACCUCAAUUCUUCACAAUCCUUAGGUUCAUGAUUUAAAAGUGCCUAUGUGAAGUCACUUUUGCUGGAAACUGCUGCUACACGUCUGUCUGUAUUUUCAAAGCUUGCUCUCUGCCAGCUACCCAUUGUCCUGACCUUAUGUAUGGCAGAAGAUACCUCAACCGUUUCAGUGUGCCAGUUGCUUGACUUCAACUUUAAAAAGACAGAAGGAAAAAAUAACCGCUAGAACUUGAACAGCUGACUGUGUGAUUUUUCCCGUUGUAAUCAAUACCAGCAACAGCAUACGAAGAACUAAUAUUCUAUCAAGGAGUGCCAUUACAUUGGAGUCACUUUAUUAAAAACAGUGGUGUCAGCGAAACAAUCAAGAGACUCAGACAUUUUACAGCCAGAGAUGACACUGAACGGGUUUUUAUUGCAGCCCACGGUCUUCAAGUGGGGCAUGUUGAUUGAUGAGUGACUGCUUGCUGAUAGAUUGUCUUUUCUCGCUCUGCUUUGUGCACAUUGGACUCCAUUAAGCAAUUUAUUACUUCUUUGAGGCUGAGCUGUACACAUUUUUUUUUCUUACCUCUAGUUUUUGGAAACUGAAUGGACGUAAUUCAUUUAAUAGUAAUUCACAAAAUCUGAUUUACUUUUUCAUCAUGGCUUUGAACGUUGCUCCUGUGAGAGAUACAAAAUGGCUGACAUUAGAAGUGUGCAGACAGUUUCAGAGAGGAACUUGUUCACGCUCUGAUGAGGAAUGCAAAUUUGCGCAUCCCCCCAAAAGUUGCCAGGUUGAAAAUGGCCGGGUAAUUGCCUGCUUUGAUUCCCUAAAGGGCCGUUGCUCGAGAGAGAAUUGCAAGUAUCUCCAUCCACCAACACAUCUGAAAACACAACUGGAAAUUAACGGGAGGAACAAUCUGAUUCAGCAAAAAACUGCGGCAGCCAUGCUUGCCCAGCAGAUGCAAUUCAUGUUUCCAGGAACACCACUUCAUCCAGUACCCACGUUUCCUGUUGGUCCAGCAAUUGGAGCAAACACGGCAAUUAGUUUUGCACCUUAUUUAGCACCUGUCACCCCAGGAGUGGGACUAGUUCCUACUGAAAUUCUACCCUCCACACCUGUUAUUGUUCCUGGAAGUUCACCUGUCACUGUCCCUGCUUCAGCAGCUUCUCAGAAACUCCUUCGGACAGACAAACUAGAGGUGUGCAGGGAGUUCCAACGAGGGAAUUGUGCCCGGGGAGAAACUGACUGCCGCUUUGCACAUCCUGCAGACAGCACAAUGAUUGAUACAAACGACAACACUGUAACCGUUUGUAUGGAUUACAUAAAGGGUCGUUGCAUGAGGGAGAAAUGCAAAUAUUUUCACCCUCCUGCACAUUUGCAGGCCAAAAUCAAAGCUGCUCAGCACCAAGCCAACCAAGCCGCAGUGGCAGCUCAAGCAGCCGCCGCAGCUGCUACCGUGAUGACUCAGUCGACUGCCAAAGCAAUGAAGCGACCUCUCGAAGCAGCGGUAGACCUGGCUUUUCCUCCUGGGGCUCUUCACCCUUUACCAAAGAGACAAGCCCUUGAAAAAGGCAGUGGGGCCAGUGCAGUUUUUAAUCCCAGUGUCUUACACUAUCAACAGGCUUUAGCCAGUGCCCAGUUGCAGCAACAUGCUGCCUUUAUUCCCACAGGGUCAGUAUUGUGCAUGACACCCGCUACCAGUAUUGAUCAUUCUGAAGUAAUCAACAGAAACGGAAUGGAUUGUCAAGAAGCCUCAUUAAGAAUAACUAAACAUUGUUACUGUACAUACUAUCCUGUUUCCUCCUCUAUAGAAUUGCCACAAACUGCAUGCUAAAGAUUUAGUUCUUAUGGACAGAUCACAAACUCUAAGCUAGUGCUGCUAUAUCAUAUAUGAGUAUUAAAUAUGGUAUGCUUAGUAUAUUCAAACCUAAAAUAGUUACCUACCUGAUACCAGCUGUGAUGUUUCAAUAAAUACACAAAGGGUAAAGUUUACUUUUAAAAGUUCAACAAACAUGGUUUCUGUCCAAGGAAUAUUGUCUUAUCUCCGUAGCUAUAGCAGAUGCAGAAAGUCCAACCAACGGCUUCAUUGGAUUCUUAACGUUUCAAAACUAGCAAUAAUUAGUUUACAUUGACUGACACGUACCGUGAGAGCAAGUUCAAUUUUAAUUCUAAUUAUUGUAGUUUAGUUCCACCCACUGAGAGAAAAGGAUAGAUUGAUGUUUACUAUUUGGUGAGAUGGAGGCAGCUUGGUCCAGAGAAAGAUCAUGGUUCCGGGAAUCAGGAGGCCUGGAUUCUAGUCCUAACUCUGCCACUAACCUGCUGUGUGUAUGUGUGUGACCUCAGGGAAGCCAUGUAAACUUUCUCUGUGCUCAAUUUUAUUAGAUGUAAAAAAUGGCGAUAUUAACACCUUCCACUCCCUACUUCACAGGGAUAUUGUAAGGAUAAAAAUGAAAUAACUGAUAUGAAAGUGCUCUGGAAAAAAAAUAUAAGUGCUUUACAAAUUCAAGAUGUGAAAAUGAUUGUGGCGAUGGAAUGAUGGAAGAGAACAAAACAGAAAAAUAAGUACCAGUCCUAGAGAUCUAAAAUUUUAUGGAAAAUCUAAGCUAAAGCACAAAUUCUGUGGAUGCAUCAAAGCAUAGUGUUAGGCUUGUCUGGAGAUGCUACAUUGCAUCAUGAAAUUCUAGAAUAACAUAUUUUUUUUAAAAUGCAUGGUAUGAGCUUCAUACCUCCAAACAACAAAGUCUUGAGAGUAUAAUUUUACAAGUAUAUUUUUAAUGUUAUUUUUCGAGAGAGAGACUUUGGAGAAGUGCCUAAAUUUUGUCACAGUACAUCCAGUGUGCAGGAACUGAGGUCAAUGCCAGUAACUUAUUGUACUUGAUAAAUCUUUAAAAUUCCCCCUUCAAGGUGCCUGUUUAUGAGUAUCUCCUUUAAACAGGAACCAUAAAAUACUGAAGCUGUAAGUGAGGAGAUCUGUAUAAUAUUCUAUUUUAAGUAGCUUUGAGUUUAGUCACUGAAAAUAUGACUGCGAAUUUCAUGUAAUUUACUAUAUAAAUUACAAAGAAAGAAGGCAGAAUUUCAGUUUCGGGAAAAAAAUCUAUUUGCUUUAUUAUCUGAAAGUUGGAUUCCAAGGGUUGCAACCGAUUAUGACAUGGGAAAGGAUAUUUUAAACAUUUUCCUUCGAAGCAUAUUUUAUGUCUCAAACAUGUAAAACAAUUUUUAAUACUACACAUGCAUACAUAUUAUAUAUAGAUACAUGCAUAUAUGCAUAUAUAUGGAUGAAACAGAUUUUAAUGUUGUUUACUUUUUUAAAUAGUUGAUCUUCAAGGUAAGAGCAAUUCAAUUUUGUUCUGAAGGUUAGUUUUAAAUUUUACUUUAAGUACUAUUGUACCAAAUAUUUCAUAUUUCACAUUUUUUAUGUUGCACAUGUAUCAUAUACCUGCAUAUUUUUUAAAUUAUUGUUUAAAGACAAAGCAGCUGUUUUGAAUGAAUAUUCAGUGGGAUUGUUUAAAACAUCAAUUUUCUUUGUGAGCAUAUUAGUGAUUGCAGUAUUUUGACUUAAACCUUUGAGAUUGAAUGUAAAAUAUUUUAAACUUGGCAUCACUGCCUAAUUUAAACACUAGUGGCACUAAUCAUGUAACAUCAUUUGUCGAGGAAAGUAUCGGCUGUCUUAGCUCAUGGUUGUCAAUUGUCUAACAACUCUCCAUUAAAUAUUAAAACUGUAGAUUUAAACACCCUAAGGAAAAGAAACAUCCAAAUGUAAUCCUAAUGUAGUGCUUGUACUGUUGCAUUUGUUUUAAUUUGUGCAGAAAUAAUGUACAUGACCUUUUGUUAAUUUGACAGUUAAUAUUUUAUCAUUACUUACUAUUGAUAUUUGUAAAUUUUCUCAGUCAUAACAAAGUAGUUGACGCUCCAACUUUCUUAUAUUAGUCAAAGUUGGUUUCGUUCAUUUGUAAUAAUGGUUCAUUUAACCUCUUGGGUACCUUAUUGUACCUUUCUAAAACUGAAGGUUCUCAGCAUUGUUCAAGUAUUUUUGUAGAAUACGUGUUAAACAUUUUCUCAGUGACCUUAUUAUGGUUCAUGAUAUUAAUUUUUUAAAAGGGCAAUUAUCACUCCACUAUUUUCAACCCUUUAAUGAUCAAGCAUUGAAGAUAUCAGGUGUACCACCAGGCAGACCUAAUGUGAAAAUGUAUGUUCAGGAAGGUAUACAUUUUCCAGAAUUUGUGAUUUAUAAUAGAGAAAAUACGAUUAGACCACAAGUAAAACAAACAACAAUAAGGAGGAGGCAUUUACAUGUGCAAAUAUAUGUACACAGAUUUUGAUUUUUAUUUAUUUAUGAUGUAAUUUUAUAUAAUAAUUACAUAUUUGAAAGGAUCCAAGACUAUUUUUCUGUAUAAAUAUUAUUUGCCAAAAGUUGGUUUAUAUUCAAGAGAGUCUGAUUAUGAUGAAAUAAAUCUUAAAUACUUUGUUGAAUUGCAAAAACAAAAUCACCAGAAUCUAAGAGGAGCUAUUGAUUCAGUAAACACUGUAGUUAAGAAACUGAAUUUCCACUUAUUUGGGAGCAGCAUUUCACUAUAGAUUUUCAGUGAGUGUUUGUUACAACACGUCACCAAAUCAUUUGCCUCUACCAUUUAUGUAUCCCCGACAUUUCUAUAAAAUCUUUCAGUAAGUCAAAGAAAUUCUUCAUUUGCUAUCUUCCAUGUAAACAGCAGUCCAAUUCAUGUUACUGUGUGUUUUGGUUGUAAUAUUCAGUUCAUUUCCAUAAUGUGCAACUGAUGAAAUAAAAGAAGCAUUUUAAAGGCA